ACAGAACCAGAAUGUUUUGCUUGCUUUUUUAAUGCCAGUCUUCUUAUCAGCAUUUGUAAAUCUGAUGAAGGCCAGCAGCUAGUUAUGAAAACAUCACAACAUACUGGCUUACCAACAAUACACAUUCUCCGAAACAGAUGGAAUGUUAUAAGAGAUAAGAUUACUGAUAAAGUCUCCAAAAAUCAGAUUUUUCUUAUUCCUACGCUUACCGUAUACAACAAUGUUAUUCUGGAUAUUCUACCUCGGUUAAACAUCUCACCCAAUACAACCGUAUUAUUCGACGAUGUGUACGGGAAUAUGGAAAGCGUGCGAGAAGAAUUUGACAGGCUACCCGUCUCCACGAAAUUUGUACAAAUCGCACGUGAUCCUAAUAAGCGACACGAACAAAUUAAAAAUGUUGCCUAUUCCGGACGCGCCAUUAUUGUCGCUGAAACAACUCUGGUGGAGACGCUUGUAAAAGAAGUAUGA